AUGGCUAUGGUCGGUGGAAACGGCAUGAUCGGUCAAUUUCCCCUGGAACAGUGGUUCUACGAAAUGCCUGUGUGUACGAGAUGGUGGACCACAGCGACGCUCGCGGCGAGCGUACUUGUACAAUGCCAUGUCCUUACGCCCUUCCAACUCUUCUACAGUUUUCGAACUGUAUGGUAUAAAUCGCAGUACUGGAGACUCAUUACCACAUUCUUCUAUUAUGGGCCAUUAUCGAUAGACCUCGUAUUUCAUCUAUUCUUCCUUCAACGGUAUUCACGCCUCCUGGAGGAGUCUUCAGGCCGGUCGCCAGCACGCUUCUCGUGGUUGCUGGCAUACUCCAUCACAGCCCUACUAUGCAUCGCGCCGCUCUUUAAUAUGGCUUUCUUGGGUUCUGCGCUGUCCAGUAUAUUGGUGUAUGUCUGGAGUCGUAAAAAUCCUGAUGUGAGGCUCAAUUUCUUCGGACUGCUUGUCUUCCGAGCGCCGUACCUGCCCUGGGUACUGCUGGUGUUUAGCUUCGUGCUACAUGAGACUGUUCCGAAGGAUGAAAUGUGUGGAAUUGUGAUCGGACAUAUAUGGUACUUCUUCAAUGAUGUCUACCCGCCCCUGCAUAACGGCCAGAAGCCGUUUGACCCUCCACAAUGGUGGGUAUGGAUGUUCGAAGGGCGUCCUGUGCCAGAACAAACAGGGGACGAGGCUGCAACAGAAGGGCACGAUCUCGCUGGUGCUGCUGCAAUGCGAGGCCCACCGCCCCCUCCGGCAGCAGAGGAUGCACUAUGA